AACUCCAUGGUACCAGCCAUGGAGUUAAGAAGUUGGUACCAGCUGUAUAACAUUUCUACUCUACGUUAAUAAUUUCGUAUUAAUAAUAUAAUCUUUGCCUUGAAAUCACAUGCAACUGCUUUCUAGUAAUGGUGGUUCAGCGGAGUUGACUGAAACGCAAAUUAUUAUAAAGUUGCAUUAGAUUUCUGGUUUUUUUGGAUAUUAAGAUCUAUUAAUUUCAAAUAUUGUAAACAUGAGGAUCUGCGGCCCCAAACUUUCUCUUUGUGGAUUAAUCAUCAGCGUGUGGGGUGUUAUCCAGUUGGUUUUGAUGGGAAUAUUUUAUUAUGUAAGAAGUGUGGCUUUGGCGGAGGAUCUACCUGGCUUGGAGGAAGAACAUUUUCAUACUAUAAAUGACUUUUACGCUAAAGCGGAUCUGGGUUAUACUCAGAAUGCCUACAACUGCUGGAUAGCAGCGUGCUUGUACGUGCUGACGCUACUUCUGUCUGCGCACCAGUUCUACGUGAACAGCAGGUCGUCGCACACGCUGUAGUACCUAGUCCGUGUUUGCUGUGCGUAAGGGUUGUAUUGUUUACAUGUUUGUACAUGGGUAUAUUACCCAGCUCUCUAGUUGUGGGUAGGAGGUGGUGGACCCAUUUUGAAAUGUAGUAUUAUCAAGUAUUUUAACUGUUGGCUCUGCAGUGUCCUGCCACCUGUAUCAAUUAUGAACACAGUAACAGUUUUUGGUUUUAUGAAGUUAUAAAUAUUGUUUUAUUUUUUAUUGUACAUUCCAUUAAAUAUAGUUAUUUUCAAUACAGAAAAAAAGUAUGCAAAACAGUUCAGUGGAAGUUCAUUAUAAAGUACAUCUCUUGAUAGGAUUACUCACUUUAAAGUAGUAUUUCUAUAACCCUACAGAUGUUUAUAUUAAGUAACAAUUCAGUAUACGGCACUUUCGUAAUAUUGUGUCAAAUUGAGUUUUUUUGUUCAUUGUAAUGAGAUUUCACUGAAUAUUAUCUGUAUGGAUUCUUGUGUGUUCAGUAAAUGUCUAGCCUGAUUCUUAAAAAAAAAAAAAAUACAGGUAGGCUACAGUUAAAAUGUAACAUAUGUAUAUUUGUGAUUUUUCCACUUGGUGAACCAAAUUACUCUCCAUAUUUUUUUUUUUUUUUUAUGUAGUUGUCCUGAAAUAUUGUAUUAUAUGUAUUUAAUUGUAAAUUAUACUUGUGUUUAAUAUGAAAA